AUGGAGCGCCUCACAUUAACUCCGCGACACCAGUCGAUCGAUUUUAGGCAAUGUCUUCCGGCUGGGGAUAUUUUACCGUCAUGGUCAAACUUGCCAUUGGACACCAAAUUACCGAUGCAUAAAACUCCUGAGGGAAGGGUCACACUCUAUACGACUCCGCUAUCAGAACCGAAGUACAGAAGCAGCCAAUGUAUAGAUUUUGAUUUGUCAGAUCCUCUUGGAACCUCAUUGUCCACAGAAUACCAAUCUCUACACGACCCGCACCUCAAAUCUCAUUUUAACCUACGGACAAUGAGGCGUCAUCUGGUGAGAAAUGGUUUUAUCACAUCAUCAGGGGAGGUAAUCUGUACGUUAAGAGAGUUUAACCAGUAUCGUCAGUAUCUCAGACGUCUGUGUUUACUGGAAGUUACACAAGAGCGCAAAGAGGAGCUCGCUUACUUGGAAGCUGCUCGCAUGAAGAAACAAAGACCGUCUAAAACUGAAUUUGCGCCCAAAUUUCAUGAAAUAAAAAAGCGUCAACAAGAAAUGCUAGAGAAAAUCAAACAAAGACACGAAGAGCUAGUCAAGAUGGAAGAAGAAAGACUUCAGAAAAAAUUUCAACUUCAAGCUGAGAAAAUGUUGAAUUACGAGGAGAAAAGAAGAGUAUUAGAUAAACGACGAGAUGAAAUACUAUAUCGUCAUAAAGAAGAGUUAAAACGAAAGAAUACAAACUUACUGCGAUCUUGGAUAAUAAAAGAUCAAGAAAGAAAUAAGAGAUUAGAAGAGCAAAAAACAGAUAUGAUACUACAUCAAACACAAAAGAAUGUAGAGAACUGGCAUAAGAGAAAACUGCACGAAUAUGAAAAAUUAGAGAGAGAAAAAGAGGUCAGAGAAAGAGAGCGAGAAUUGAUUGAAGAAAAUGUCAAACUACGUGAGAAGAAAAUUAGAAAAUUACGAAAACGACAAUUAGCUGAAAUUAAUACUAUAAAAAUGAUGAGAAAAAGACGACAGAUGAAUAAAGAAAGAAAAUAUGCACAGAGACUUGCCCAUAAAAUAGUCACAGGAAAUGUUCAUCCGUUCACUGAAAAAGGUAAGAUUAUAAACUAA